UUUAUAAAUCCCAAGUCCCAACUUCACAUUCUCUCCCACACCUCCAACCUCUCUCUCUCUCUCUCUCGUUUGACCACAAGUCCAGUCAUUCUUAACUCACACAAUAUUUCUCACCCAAACACAAGCUCCACCACUCUUAUAUCUUCAUUCAUGACCAUCAACCUGCAUACUCUUCUCCUAAACUACAACCCAUAAAAACUUUCACACAAUCUUCUCCAACAACCAAAACUCAUUUCCAAAAUGACAGACACAACAGAAACAACAAGUACCAAGCCAAUGCCGGCACCCGCAGAGAAGAAAAAGGAGCAAACUCUACCAUUCUACCAACUCUUCUCCUUCGCCGACAAAUUCGAUUACAUUCUCAUGCUUCUCGGUAGCAUCGGCGCCAUUGUUCACGGCUCUUCCAUGCCAUUCUUCUUCCUCUUGUUCGGUCAGAUGGUUAAUGGCUUCGGAAAGAACCAAUCCGAUUUCAACACCAUGGUUCAUGAAGUCUCCAAGUAUGCUUUGUAUUUCGUCUAUCUUGGAUUGGUGGUGUGUGUCUCGUCGUACGCUGAGAUCGGAUGUUGGAUGUAUACGGGAGAGAGACAAGUGAGCGCGUUGAGGAAGAGGUACUUAGAAGCAGUUUUGAAACAAGACGUCGGGUUUUAUGAUACGGAUGCGAGAACAGGAGAUAUCGUUUUUAGUAUCUCGACGGACACACUCCUUGUUCAAGACGCCAUCAGUGAAAAGGUGGGAAACUUCAUCCAUUACCUAUCCACAUUUUUGGCUGGAUUGGUGGUUGGUUUUGUGUCAGCAUGGAAGCUAGCACUUCUAAGUGUUGCGGUUAUACCGGGAAUUGCAUUCGCAGGCGGCUUAUAUGCCUACACUCUCACAGGUCUCACUUCAAAGAGCCGCGAAUCCUACGCCAAUGCGGGCAUCAUUGCCGAACAGGCUAUUGCGCAAGUACGAACGGUGUACUCAUACGUGGGCGAGACAAAGGCACUAGACUCGUAUUCAGAUGCGAUACAGCACACGCUUAAGCUCGGGUACAAAGCGGGGAUGGCUAAGGGUUUGGGACUGGGAUGUACAUAUGGUAUUGCAUGCAUGUCAUGGGCACUUGUGUUUUGGUAUGCUGGUGUGUUUAUCAGGAAUGGUCAAACAGAUGGUGGCAAAGCAUUUACAGCCAUUUUCUCUGCCAUUGUUGGUGGCAUGAGUUUGGGUCAGUCAUUUUCAAAUCUUGGAGCUUUCAGCAAAGGCAAAGCUGCAGGAUACAAACUGUUGGAAAUUAUUAAGCAAAAACCAACAAUAGUUCAAGAUUCUACAGAUGGCAAGUGUUUGACUGAGGUCAACGGCAAUAUCGAGUUCAAGGAUGUAUCUUUCAGUUACCCUUCAAGGCCAGAUGUCUUUAUCUUCAGAAAUUUCUCCAUUUUCUUCCCUGCUGGAAAAACAGUUGCUGUUGUUGGCGGUAGCGGGUCCGGUAAAAGCACCGUUGUUGCGCUGAUAGAAAGGUUUUACGACCCGAAUCAAGGGCAAAUAUUGCUAGACAAUGUGGACAUAAAGACGCUGCAAUUAAAAUGGUUACGCGAUCAGAUCGGUUUAGUGAACCAAGAGCCUGCACUCUUCGCCACCACGAUUCUUGAAAACAUACUUUACGGAAAACCGGAUGCAACGACAGCUGAAAUCGAAGCUGCAGCCUCGGCUGCCAAUGCUCACAGCUUCAUUACCUUGCUUCCUAAUGGCUACAACACGCAAGUGGGUGAGCGCGGUGUUCAGCUAUCCGGUGGUCAAAAACAACGAAUCGCAAUUGCUAGAGCGAUGUUAAAAGAUCCGAAAAUCCUCUUGCUUGAUGAGGCUACAAGCGCGCUUGAUUCCGGGUCUGAAAGCAUUGUUCAGGAAGCGCUUGACCGGUUAAUGGUUGGAAGGACAACCGUUGUGGUUGCGCAUCGGUUAUCCACUAUACGAAAUGUUGAUUCGAUAGCGGUUAUUCAACAAGGACAGAUUGUCGAAACAGGAACACAUGAAGAACUGAUUUCAAAACCGGGUGCGUACGCUUCGUUAAUCAGGUUCCAAGAAAUGGUGGGAAACCGAGACUUUUCGAACCCGUCGACUCAUCGUACGCGUUCGUCACGAUUGAGUAAUUCGUUGUCGACAAAAUCGCUUAGCCUCAGGUCUGGAAGCUUGAGGAAUUUAAGUUAUCAGUAUAGCACUGGUGCGGAUGGGCGUAUUGAAAUGAUAUCGAAUGCUGAAACCGAUAGAAAGAAUCCAGCUCCGAGUGGUUAUUUCUUUCGUCUUUUGAAAAUGAAUGCACCCGAAUGGCCUUAUUCGUUAAUGGGUGCGGUUGGUUCGAUUCUGUCUGGAUUCAUUGGUCCAACUUUUGCCAUUGUGAUGAGCAAUAUGAUUGAGGUUUUUUACUUUGAUAACCCGGCUCGAAUGGAGCGAAAGACCAAAGAGUAUGUUUUCAUUUACGUUGGAGCGGGUUUAUAUGCGGUUGUCGCAUAUUUAAUCCAGCAUUACUUCUUUAGUAUCAUGGGAGAGAACCUCACUACAAGAGUAAGAAGGAUGAUGUUUUCAGCGAUCUUGAGGAACGAAGUUGGAUGGUUUGACGAAGAGGAGCAUAACUCUAGUCUAGUUGCGGCCCGUCUAGCGACAGACGCAGCAGACGUGAAAUCAGCGAUAGCCGAGCGAAUAUCGGUUAUAUUACAAAACAUGACAUCUCUUCUGACUUCAUUUGUGGUUGCAUUCAUUGUGGAAUGGAGGGUCUCUCUUCUCAUCCUUGGCACUUUCCCUCUUCUUGUUCUGGCCCAUUUUGCUCAGCAACUGUCACUCAAAGGUUUUGCUGGAGACACAGCAAAGGCACAUGCAAAGACUAGCAUGAUUGCAGGAGAAGGAGUGAGCAACAUCCGAACCGUUGCAGCCUUUAACGCCCAAGACAAAAUCCUCUCACUGUUCUCCGCUCAACUCCGUGUCCCACAAAGCCAGAGCCUUCGCCGAAGUCAGUUCUCGGGCAUGCUCUUUGGAAUCUCCCAACUCGCGCUUUACGCAUCCGAAGCUUUAAUCCUAUGGUAUGGUGUCCACCUUGUUUCCAAAGGUCUCUCAACCUUCUCCAAAGUCAUCAAGGUGUUUAUAGUACUAGUCAUCACAGCAAACUCGGUAGCUGAAACCGUUAGCCUCGCCCCAGAGAUCAUCCGGGGUGGGGAAGCCAUCGGGUCGGUAUUCUCGAUCCUCGAUAGAUCAACACGGAUCGACCCGGAUGACCCGGAUGCUGAACCGGUUGAAACUAUCCGAGGCGAGAUCGAACUCCGUCGGGUUGACUUUUCAUACCCUUCGAGACCUGAUGUGUCCGUAUUCAAGGACUUUUGCCUUAGAAUACGGGCCGGCCAGAGCCAGGCUCUAGUGGGAGCCAGUGGCUCUGGGAAAAGCUCGGUUAUCGCAUUAAUCGAGAGAUUCUAUGACCCGACAGCUGGAAAGGUUAUGAUUGAUGGGAAAGAUAUUCGACGUUUAAAUCUAAAGUCUCUCCGGUUGAAAAUCGGGUUAGUCCAACAAGAACCCGCACUCUUUGCUACAAGCAUUAUGGAAAACAUUGCAUACGGGAAAGACGGGGCGACAGAGGCCGAGGUUAUCGCAGCCGCAACCGCAGCAAAUGUGCAUACAUUCGUUAGCGGCUUACCCGACGGAUACAAAACUCCGGUCGGGGAACGAGGAGUUCAGCUUUCGGGUGGACAAAAACAAAGAAUCGCAAUAGCCCGAGCCGUUUUAAAAAACCCAACAAUUCUUUUACUAGAUGAAGCCACUAGCGCGCUAGACGCUGAAUCCGAGUGCGUCCUUCAAGAGGCACUCGAAAGGUUGAUGAGGGGUCGAACCACUGUUCUGGUGGCUCACCGUCUAUCAACCAUCCGAGGGGUUGAUAGUAUUGGUGUGGUCCAAGACGGACGGAUCGUGGAACAGGGUAGCCAUGGUGAGCUUGUAAGCCGACCCGAUGGGGCUUACUCUAGGUUGUUGCAACUACAACAACAUCGUAUAUGAAUAUGAUGGUUAAAGGGUUUGAUUGUUUAGUAAAGGAAGAUAGUAAAUUGUUCAUGUUUUGGUAAUGGUCUCCAAUCUUUGAGUCAUAUGUAUAAGGUUAUCUUUCAUUUGUUUGAUUGAUUGGUUCCAUGUUAACAACCCAACCCUUCCCCCACAUUUUCUAGUUCAAUGUUUGUUAUGUUACAAUUUAUAUUUAAAAUUUGAAGUUUUAAUCCUCCAAA